CAAUUAUCAUUGUAUUCCUGCGUGAUAACUGAUAUAUAGCACCGGUCGCCAAACCUUAGCGUUCAUAUUCCCAGAUCUAAGGAUGGCAAGCAGUCUGGUGACCAUGAAGAAUCACACCGGUCCAGUCCCGGUUUCUGAGGACCCGGAUGUAUCCGACAGCGAGGAUUCCCUGAUGAUAGACAGCGAGGAGGAGAAUUCCAGCAGCACCGACCUCAGAUUCAGGAAACCCGACCACCCGGGAUUUGAAAAUUACGAUAAAUUCAGAUUGUAUAUGGAAAAUAAAAACACUCAAAGAAAAACAGACACAGAUGUACGGAUCGUCAUCAGUUAUUUACGCUCGGUCGACGAAAACAGAAACCCAGAGGAUGUUCCAGCGGCCGAACUCGACCGAUAUUUGUCGACAUUUUUUACCAUUGUGAAGAAACAUGAUGGGAACGACUACGAGCCCGCGAGUCUGCGCGGGAUGCUGUGUAGCAUUGAACGUUACCUUAAAAUGAAGAACUACGUCUCAUCCGUCACCAGAGAUGCUGCUUUUGUUGGCACCAGGCAGGCGCUCAAGUACAAACAACAACGACUCAGGGAAAUCGGUAAAGGCAUCAAGAAACCAAACGAGCCUGUUGGCAAACUGGGCUUCGAUCGGAUACACCAAUUAUUUUCCGAGCAAGAGAUGGGGCCCCACACUCCGAUGUCGGUCAUUAACACUCUAUGCUUCGUCAUCAUAGUUCACUUCAGACUAAGAAAAGCCAUAGAUCAUAAGAAUUUACAGUGGGGAGACAUAGGGUUAAAGACAGAUGGUAAAGGAAAUGAGUACCUAGUGUAUCAACCAAUGUCAGCAUCAAAUCAGAGUUAUAAAGCAAACAGAGCUGCUGCCGUAAAACUGUGUAUCUGGAGCAGACCCGAACUAAAGGACAGAGACCCUAUAAGUAUUUAUAAACUUUACUCCCAAAAAAGACCACCUAGCAUGCAGCACGAGAACUCUCCUUUCUACCUGGGAAUCACAACCAUCAACCCAACUCCGAUGCAAUGCUGGUAUCGAACAUGUGCUAUGGGGGUCAAUAAACUGAGUGAUUUAGUGCGCAUGAUCCGCAGCAUUACUGGACUUCCGCGUACUACACUCGAUGGAUCAACUGAGAGCAUCCUGUCCGCCAACUUCUCCAUUCCGUCCACGAAUGAUCGUCUUCCGUAUUCAUACACGCCUAUUACACCAGUUCCAAACUUCACCCCCAUCAAACCUAAAGCUGAAUUACUGGAGGCGUCCACAGAGGAAAACAGUCUGACGGAGACGAUCAAUGACGCGGAGGAUGCCUCCCGUUCCGUGUGUCUGUCUGCCUCGGCGAGUCCUCUCUCACAGUCUGACAGCGACUCCCUUGUCAGCAAUGAAGGCAAGGGUAACCAUACACCUUUACAGAAAGCUAAGAAGGCGAUCUAUGCAGUAAUUCAGACACUUGACCGAUCAGACGUGAAUAACCUACUUACAUGGUUACGCCAGUAUCGCCUUGAUGAAGAAGAAGAAGAAGAAGAGAUUCGUAAGCCAUGUACCGCUGAAUACGAGGACACAAGGCAUUUUACACUUGGCAUAGAAUUUAACCCGCGCGCAAGGCCUGGUGAGGAACCAAUCAAAAUUACUUCUGUUGUAACUGAUAAACUUGCAAAAAACAUACGAAAAGAAGAAAAAUGGAACACAUGCGUUCAAAAAAGCCGUAAAAGAGAAUCUUUUUCAAGAGCCAGUGAUGAGGAAAAAGAUACGUCUCCGAAUCUGAGUAAAAGAAAUAAAAUCGCCACACCAAACCCCGUCAAUCUUACCAAUGAAAAUCUGUCAACCAGCGUGACGUCAUAUGAUGACCUACCGAAGAUAAAUAAAAACAUAACAAAUGAUAUGGGGUGUAGUGCUUCCAGUAGCAAUGCCACUGGAACCCAGAUGUCAGAACAUUUGUCCUCGACGACGGCAGACAUUUUGCCAAACUUCACUUCCGGUUACAAUCCUGUUCCACAUGCUCAUAUGGCACCGAUACAGCGCCCCUCGUUUUUCAGCACCCAUGAUCCUAACUGGGCCAGCUCCCUGCCCCACCCUUCUUUGUACCACAGGGGAGGGAUGGACACCGUCACACCUAUGACUGCGCAUUGCAGCUACACACAGUAUCAGUUUGCACAAUCCUUGCAUUCGGCAAGCUCUUGCCAAUUCCCUCAAAGUAAUUUGUAGCAUUGUAACUUGUACAAACAAAAACUUUUUCUCAAAUGUGCGUACAUUUUCUACAUUUCUUCAAAAUGAGAU